CAAAAAGCAAUGUUUAUUCAAUUAUUAUUCAUUGGAACUAAAUGUUCUGAAUCUAGUUUUCUCAUAGGCAUCUUCAAUAUGAUGACCGUUCAUCAAAUGAUAACCUCAUGAAGCAUACUCAUCAGCUGGCGCACAUCUUCAUGUGAAAGAACGAAGCAACUCUUCUUGCUUGGGUUGCACUGUGAUUUCUACCUAACAUACGAAUGUGUGUGAAUAGCACAGCGGGUGAAACUCUUUUGUUAAUAUUCGUUGCUUCAAUUUGCAAGCCCUGCUGAUAUCAGCCUGAAUGCUUCACAACCAUCGCCCGAGUGCGAAGAAGUAAAGCAAGGAUGAUGAAUUUUCCUCAUUGCUUGCAUAAGUUUGAGAAAACCGAAUUUAAUCAUAAAAUGCUGAUCACAUUUCUGAUGGCAUGAAGAAAGAAUUGGGUUGUUGCGCUUGGUACAACUCGAGAUAUUCACGAUUAAGUUCUAUCCAUUCUUCCACGAGGUGAAUUCUGAAAAAGUGCCCUUUUUCGUCUCACCCUUACUAGGGCUCUGAUGGUAUAUUAAUUAUGGUAAUACACGCUUCUCUGUUGCAAAAGUUCUAAGUUAAUUCAUUCGCGCUUCGUUCCGAUAGAAAUCAGUUCUCAGCUCAAAAUAAUACGAAUUCGACUUUACGCAUUACUGGAAUAUUCACUUGGAUUAGCUUGAAAACCAUGACAAAACGGCGUAACUCGUACUCAGUAGCAUCAGUAGUCGCGUGACUUUAAGUGCCACACUUUUACACAGUAGUUUACUAGUCGCGUGAACAGACACAACACUCCCUACACCAUUGGGCACGGGCGGUCCUGUGAGCUUCCGAAUCGUGUAUAACUGAGUGUGUUCAUGGGAACAAAAGGAGAGAAGAGAAAAAAAACGUCGCGACGCUUUUCAUUCAUAAGUCCGGUGGUUAUUCGCAAAGCAUGCUCAGUACUGCACGAGUAAUGUUCGCGAGUGUCAGGCAGCUUAAGUAAGUUGCGUUUUUCGAUAGUCAAUUACGAAAGGCGCCAUCGACAAAAAAAUGGAUUAGUUGUCUGCGAAACCGUUUCUGAUAGAGAGAAAAAAACAGAUAACUUUAAUUUAUUAAACAAUAGGUUGUAACUAAGGCUGUGCUUAUUUUAGCUGUAUAUAAUUGAACCGUAGUUGAAGCACUAUUUUGCCACUAGGAUAAUGAGGAACUUUUUGUGUAAAGUGAUUGUGUUAGUUAGCUAUAACGUUUAUGCAUCUGAAUUCCAAUCCGAUCAACAUGCUGGCGAGUUGGAUGCCACGCAACAUCUGAAGAACCCCAAGUACCCACUGGUUUGCAUCGAUGAUGGCUGUUUGCGUGGUAAAAAUAUGGACGGAUUCCAAGCAGGACCUUUUGAUGCUUUCAUCGGGAUACCAUUUGCUAAGCCACCAGUCGGAAAGCUGCGAUUUGCGAACCCUGUUCGGAAUGAUCCUUGGGAGAAAGGAACAAUUUACAAUGCAACAGAGGAAAAAUCCAUGUGCCUCCAGAAGAAUGAUCUUAUCCCGAACGCACUAGUGGCAGGAAGUGAAGAUUGUUUGUAUUUGAAUGUGUAUCGCCCAAAGGAUCGUAAUACUACCAAAGCCUUUCCGGUCAUGGUUUACAUUCAUGGGGGUGGAUUUUUCGCAGGCAGCGCCAGCCCAUCGGUUGUUGGACCGGAGUACAUUAUGGACGCAAAACGUACGAUUCUGGUCACAUUGCAGUACCGGUUGGGCGUGUUUGGAUUUUUUUCCACCGGAGAUGGAAUGGCCCCUGGUAACUUCGGGCUCAAAGAUCAAGUUAUGGCUUUACAGUGGGUGAAGAAGAACAUCGCCGAGUUUGGCGGCAAUCCGGAAUUAGUGACCAUCUUCGGACAGAGCGCCGGUGGAGCUUCAGUUCAUAUGCACAUGAUGAGUCCGAUGAGUGAAGGGCUAUUCUCGAGGGUUAUAAUGAUGAGUGGCAAUGCGAUUGCUCCAUGGAACAUUCCUACAAAAGAUCCAUUUGGUUUGGCAGUGCGGCAAACUGAAGCAGUUGAUGUUCCAUGUGCCAAAAAUUUAUCUUCAGAACAAAUUGUGAAUGUUCUGCGCAAUGUAGAUGCCACCGUUCUCUCGAAAAGCAUUGAUAAGUUGAAGUUCUGGUCUAUUGAUCCUUUGACUCUUUACCGACCGGUCAUUGAGUCGUCCAAUUGGUCGGAUCAAGCAUUCCUCGUAGAAGACCCACGAGUUUCAUGGCAGAAGGGUAACUACCAGCAGUUGCCGUGGAUGACCAGUUUUGUACCAAACGAUGGGGCCGUUCGUGCAAUUGCAAUCACCUCAAACGAAAAAUUACUCAAGGAAUUAAAUGCCAAUAUUAGUUACAUACUUCCGAAGUUGUUAGAGAAAGAACAAUCUAACGAGUUGCUGCGUUUAUUGAAAAAUCGUUACUUCAACGAUAGCUCGGACGAAGAAUGGAUAAACCAGAAAAAUGCAUACCGACUGACAGAUCUGUACACCGAAGGAUCCUUCCUCUAUCCGAUCCAGUCAGCCGUGAAACAGUACGUUACGGUUGCAGACACUAAGAAGGCGCCGGUUAGCAUUUACAAGUUCAACUUUAAAGGCCGCUAUUCCUAUUCGUUUUACUAUACCUUCACGCAUCAGGACUAUGGGGUAGUGCACUGUGACGAUUUGAUCUACAUUUUUCGCUCGCCCGCACUAUUCCAGGACUUUCCACGUAAAUCCAAGGAGGCACUGAUGUCACACAAUUUAGUGCAAUUUUUUAUCGAUUUCGCCAUCAAUGGAGUGGCCACUCCAUUGAAGCCUUACCGUUCGUGUGACAAUGAAAACGAGAUCUACCAAUCAAUGGACUGCGAUGUACUUGAGUUUACCAACUCGGACGAACUGGAGAAACCCUUUGAGGUGCGCAUUUUCAAUGGACGGAACGAGGAUUUAUUUACUUUCUGGAAUAAAUUCUACUGAGGCGUAUUUGGUUAGACAUUAUUUCUGUAGUAUGUGUCGCAAAAAAACUUGUGAUAAUUGAACGAACGGAAAGGUGAUUAUGGAGAAUUUUUCGAUCAAAAGCGUUUGUAGUGUUAGUUGUUUACACUCGAUAGUUAUAGAUAGAACUGGGCUCUGACAUUCUGGUUUUGUGGAAUGUCUUUUUUUUAUAAAAAAAGGUUGUUUUCUAAUAAAUAUAUACUGAUACUUGUAAUCGUUGUAUGCAUUGAAUCAGGAACGAGUUCGGAAUCUUUCUGAUUUAUGCUUUCGAAACAUCGUACUUUUCCAUGGAUGAAUCUCGACUAAACUCAUAUGUAUGACACAGAAUGUCGCUUCCAAAAUGUCUGCUUAUUCCUUACUAGUGUUAUUAAAUGAGUCCAACAAUUUUGCAAAAAUAACUAAACAUUUUGACAAUAGAGAGGUAGCGUAAUCAGCAUCGACUUGAUUUCGCUACCUUUCUAUAGAGCAAUUGCAGGAAUGAGUAGACGAAAAAGUGAUAAAAUCAGAAUCGAUCUUCUCCGACUCACGACUGAUUUUUUAAAAGGGCGUAUGUAUUUUUGCACUUCACAAAAAUUGCCUUUUUUAAAUCGUUGAAAAUCGGAAACCUUUAAUUGUGUAAAAAUGGCGUUCAGGAAGAAGUUGUAUGGAAUCGAUUGGGCACUCUAAAAAAAA